AUGAACAUUAACAGCAGCAACAACAACAAUAAUAACAACAAUAACACCCAGUCCACUAGUAAUAUUAGUAGUAGUUGUAGUAAAUUAGAAGAACGCCUUGGUCAGAUACCCAAUAACAACAGAAAAUCGCCGCAAAUAUCAUCAUCCACUUCCACUUCUUCCUCAUGUACAGCUACCUCAGUUUCGGCCAAUCAUUCAAAUUCCUCCUCAGAUGCAGAAACCCUUAAGUCCACAACCAAUAAUAAUAAUACCAAUACCAACAACAACAACAAUACCAAUUCAAAUCUCACAAGCCAUUCGAACAGUAAUAACAACAAUAGCAACAACAACAACAGUAAUAUCCCCCUUGAUAAUAAUUUUAUUCUAAACACACAACUAAACACAAAUUUCUCUACAUCUAAUUUUUCUACCAUCAUUCACAUUGAUGUUCCUCCCGGCGGUCCAACCAUUUCUUCCUCCUCCUCCCCAUCGCCCAUUAAUGACAUUUCCUUGACCAUUUCCAAUACAACACCUACACCACCAAUCCCCCUACCACAAUCAAUAACCUAUUUAACCUCAUCAUCAACCUCUUGUUGUUCCUCACCAACUCACCAUCUCACCAAUUUAGAUACAAAUCGUCUUAGUCGAAAUUCACAAAGGUCUUCAUUGGGUACCGGCACAACAUCAACUUCUUCGCACAUACCCUCAUGCAGCAGCAGCAGUCCUUAUGGUGGUGGUGUGACCAGUGGCGGCGGCGGCAGUAACAUAAAACGCAACAAACGUUCCUUGAGUAGUACUCGCAUCGAAAAGGAUAAAUGUGAUGACAACUCAGCAGCUGCUACCUCUUCUGUUGCCAGCAUAACAACAACAACAGGCUCAUCAUCAACGUCCAGUAGUACUUCAACUCUAACCGGUGGUGGCAGUUUUCGUUCCCGUUAUCUUCGCCACACUACCUCCGGCCAUUUGGUAGAAUCGACAACGGCUUCCUCUACAUCUUCGGCAUCUACAUCGGGUAUACCCACACCCACUAGUCAAGGUAUGUAUAUGCCACGUGGCAAAUAUAGCUCGUCGGUGCUGGCUACCAACACCAGCGGCAGCAAUGAACGUGACCAACAGCAACAACAACACCAGCAGCAGCAACGUUUGUCACUUAAGCUGCGCAAAAAAAUAAGUUACUAG